UCCCUCCUCAGUUUGCAGUAAAGCUCAACCUUCACCAAGACUCUGCUCGACCUCAGCAUGGACCAGAACUUCAACCAAAACCUGGCCGGCAACCUGUUCAACCCCGCCAUGGGUGGAGGCUUCUUCAACCCAGCUAUGGCUGCAAACUUCUUUAAUCCAGGCAUGGCAACCAGCUAUGAUUCUAACUUCACCAACAACAAUGAGCUGAGGAUCGUGAUGGUGGGGAAGACUGGAAUCGGGAAGAGCGCCACAGGAAACACUAUUCUUGGCCGCCAGUGCUUUGAGUCCAAGUUCAGUGCCAAGUCCAUGACGGUGGACUGUUCCAAAGGCAAAGCCACAGUGUCUGGUCAGCAGGUGGCGGUCAUUGACACUCCAGGCCUGUUUGACACCAGGUUCGGCGUGGACAAAACCACCAUGGACAUUUGCCAGUGCAUCUCUUAUGCUUCUCCUGGACCACACAUCUUCCUGGUGGUCAUCAGGCUGGGCAGAUACACUGAGGAGGAGCAGCAGACGGUGCAAAGGAUCCAAGAAAUCUUUGGCCAGGCUGCAGACAAAUACAGCAUGGUUCUCUUUACAGGAGGGGACCUGAUCGAAGGAACCAUCGAGGGCUUCCUGGCUGAAAGCCCAGAGCUGCAACAACUGGUGUCCAGAUGUAACAACCAGUACCACGUCUUCAACAACAAGAACAAAGAUCCCUCUCAGGUCCAGGAGCUGCUGCAGAAGAUCAGAAACGUGGUGCAGAAGAACGGAGGAAGCCACUACACCAACGAGAUGUUCCAGGAGGCUGAGAGGGCCAUCGAGGAGAAGAAGAGACGCAUCCUGGAGGAGAAAGAAGAGAAAAUACGCAAAGAAAAAGAAGAGAUGGAGAGGAAGCUGCAGGAGAAAUAUGAUAAAGAGAUGCAGAGAAUCAACCAAGAACUGCAGGCUGAGAGAGAGCAGGAGAGGAAGGAGAGAGAGGAGGAGAGGAGGAGGGAGAGGGAGGAGAUGAAUGAAGACAGGAAGCGGGAGAGGGAGGAGAGAGCUGAAGAGAGGAGGAGGGAGAUGGAGGAGAAGGAGAAGGAGCUGGGCAGAAUGAGGGAUCAGUAUGACAGAGAGCUGAAGGAGAAACUCAACAACAUCCAAACCAGGCAUGAAGACGAAGCCAGAGACGACGCAGAGGGUUUCAAUCCUUUAUAUCCUCUGGUACAAGCUGGAGAGCUCGCUCUCAAGGCAGGGAAGAAGAUUGUCGGAGGGGUUCGACUUCUGGGAAAGGCCAUUGGAAAUUUGUUCAAAUGAGAAGGAGCGAGUCCUGCUUUGAGAGAGUGGAGGUGGAGCUCCUGCAGGUUCCUUCAGAUCAUCACACUGCCCCCUGGUGUCCAUAGAAGGAAGUCUGAGCAGAUGUUUAUCAUGGAGGCAGGCUGAUGUUUGUUACACCUCUCUUUCUCUCAAUAUUACUGUUUGCUUUUUCUCAAAUAGCCAGAAAAAGGAAUGUUCUCAGAUGUCUCUGACACUUUGUUCUUUUUUUAUGAAGUUAUUUUAAUCUUCUUCGUCUGAUUUCUUUGUUUACUUUUUAGUCUAAUUUACAGUUAGUGUUACAGGUGUGGCUUAGUGGUGCUGUGGCCCCAUGGAAUCAGCAUAGCACCCCCAAGAAGUACAUUUUAAUAAUAAUUUUAAAAAAAGUGGAUUAUUUUGACUGUUUCUGUGUGAACAGUAAUUUGUUGUCUGGUUAAUCUGAUUCAGCCCAGUGAGUACAGCACAUCCAUUAACUUUCUGCUUACUUCCUGUUAACCAGCGCUCUUGUACUGGAGUCAAUGAAUGUAAAUUAGUGUUAAAAAUGAAAACAGCUAAAAUGUCUGCAUGUAUUCUCAUCAUAAUAGUAUACUGUCAAUAUCUUUGUGGUUGAGACCCAGAUUCUGACUCCUUCUAGUUAUCUCUAUCCAGUCCUUACUAAUAUAUCAUCACAUGUAUGAAACACAAUAUUAUUCUUUCAGUGGAGGUUUUGGUUCUGGUAGCACGAGUCUGAUUUGUGUAUGAAGCCCAAACCUGCUGUGUGUUUUGCUUGUGGCUGAUUCUGUGCAGACAGGACUGUUAAAGUUUGCAUUUCGUGGCUUGUUUGAGGGGGCUUCCUUAUAAACCUUCCAUCUUUUUCACUUCAGCUGAAUAUCUUGUGUGUUAUGAGGCGUAGUGCUGAUCAGUGACUUGCUGUAUUUAUCUGAAUUAAAGUUGUGUCAAUAA